GCUGGUCGCACUCGGCACUCUGCUGACGGGGUCCAGUAGCAGUGAGCGCGCCGAGUUCGUCAAAGUUGUGGGGCAGUCCGAAAACGCCUUGAACGUUUUGCAACAAGCGUCUGAAAGCUUGGACCUCAGUGUUCAAAACAAACUCGCCUGUGUUUCUAAAGAAAUUAUCAGUUUGAUCGCUUGAAAAGCAGUUUAAGAUACAAAAAACUAAGCAUGUUAAUAUUUUCUCGUUAUUUUUUUAUACUAAAGUAAUACUGCGCUAAAAAAAGGAAAAACUUCGAAUAAAGAGAGUCUAGUCGAGUUUUAUUAUCUUUUUCAUUGUAUGGUUCGUGUUUCUAUUUCGAUUUUGAAAACUGAGUUUUCUACUUUUUAUUUUCUUGCAUACGUACAAUUCAAAGGUGAGAAGUAUUUUUAUGUUUUGAGUAUUAUGUGUAACAAACAUUUGCGUAUUAAUGAGUUAAUAGCGUAUUAGCAAAAUAACUAAUCUCUAAAUUUAACCCUAACGUCAAUAAUGUAUGUAUGUACAUACAAUGCAUACAGAAGAUACUUAUAAACACAGGUUAGUAAAAUAAACUUUAACAUAAAUCUAAAAAACUUUGCUUGGAGCUAGCUUCUUCCCACAUAACUUUUUAUUUUCAUACUGAAUAUAAUUCAUAAAUCGGAGGUAAUGAAAAGCGAUAUAUGUAGCCAUUAAAGAUAUGCAUACACAUACUUAUAUUGUUAACAAGUUUUAGAUGAGAAUGACUAAUCAUUUUUCCAGGUGUUGGCAAUCCUUAUUUCGAAUUGAUCAUGUUUCAACACGUUGAAACCCAGAGCGACUCAAACGAUUUGGUUCUUUCUAGGAGCAUCUCACUGGCAUCAAAGCAAAUAUCGCGGGACCGCCGAGAAGUUCCGACGCACAAAGAAUAAACCUUGGAAAUUUUCGGCAAAUUUUCGGCAAGAGUCAUCAGUUGAUCAUUGUGUUGUACUACUUACGCGCUACGACGCACAUGUGACAGAACACUGUAAACAAAGAAGACGACGCCGACGCCGACGCCGACCCUGCUCAAACGCAGUAGGAUCAGUUCUGCGUCUGCUGCGGUGGCGAGCGCAUCGAAGGUGUUGUAUUUAUAGAAUUCAAGAUCAGCGUCCGAGAACUUUGAGAAGAAAUAUAUACUUAUAUAUAAUGGCAAAAUCUGCAAAUUCAUUUUCUUCGUACAAAUUGAGCCAUGAGCUCGUUGGACAUACGGAUGAAGUUCAAAGUUUGGCGAUCUUCAAAAAUGGUAGCUUUGUAUCGACUUCGAAAGAUAACACGGCGAGAUUUUGGAAACCGAAAGAGGAAGGAGUAUAUGAAGAGAGUAUUCUGAUGAAAGGGCACACUGGUUUUGUCUGUUCAGCGUGUAUUAUUGAGCCAACUGCAAAAAAUCCAACUGGAUUCAUUGUAACCGGUAGCAGUGACAAAAAUAUUUGCAUUUAUUAUCCAGGAGAGGAAAAUCCAGUUCAUACAAUUCAAGCACACGAAAGUAUAGUAAACGGCUUGAAUGCUAGUAUUUUGGAGAAAGACUCCUUCUUCACCUGCUCAUCUGACCAUACUGGAAAAUUGUGGAAUUUGUAUGAUUUAACAAAACCUGAAGCAACAUUUUUAGGUCAUGCUCAAACUGCUAUCAUUUGGUGCAUAGCAGAUUUACCUAAUGGUUCUGUAGUAACUGGUGGGUCAGAUAAGAUCGCAAUAGUUUAUUUAAGGAGUGGAACAAUUUUGCACAGACUGAUCGGGCAUAAGGGUUGCAUCAGAGAUAUAGCUGUAGUCAACGUGAAUGAGUUCUUGACAUGUGGCACUGAUGCUGUAACCAAACAUUGGCAUGCCAUUAGUGGAGUUUGUUUGGGUACUUAUGGUGGACAUACAAACCAUAUUUAUAGCAUUUCAGCACUUUUUGAAGGUACGUUAGCUGUGUCAUGUGGGGAUGAUAGGACUGUCAGAGUAUGGCGUAAUGGCAGAGUACAACAAACUAUAGGAAUCCCUUCUGAAACUGUAAGAAGUGUUAGACUCUUACCUAACAAAGACCUCAUCUGUGGAUCAUCUGAUGGUGUGGUGAGGAUAUUCACUGUUAAUCCACAAAGAUUCAUAGAUCGCGAGUCUAUGAUAAAGUUUAAAGAAGCUGUUAUAAAAAGUAUUGAAAAGUAUGCCAAAGAAAGUAAACCCAAGGACGUGGGCAACGUUGAAGAUAUACCGCUUACAAGUGAAUUACAUCAACCUGGAGAAAAAGACGGAGAUACAAUCAUUGUUAGAAAUGGUGAUAAAGUGAAAGCUUAUAGGUGGCAUCAAGAACAAUUUGAGUGGAAAUUGAUUGGUGAUGUUGUUGAGAAUGAAACAAGGACUAAAGGAAAACCCACUUUAAAUGGCGUACAAUAUGAUUAUGUAUUUUCCGUCGAUAUUGAAGAGGGUAAACCUUUCUUAAAAUUACCUUAUAAUAAAGGACAAGAUCCAUACCUUGCAGCACAAAAAUUUCUAGAGGACAAUGAUCUUGAUCAAACAUAUUUGGAUAGGAUAGCGAAUUUCAUAACAACCAACUUACAACUCACUCCGAUUCUCAAUGCAGAAGCACAGUACAGCAAUCCAUUUGCAGAAGGUGGUCGUUAUGUUUCCAAUUCCCCCGAAAAUAAUGAUCAAGCUGGAGCGUCAAGAUCAUCUCCACCGAGUACUUUAGGACAAAUUAACUACAUCCCUCAACGACAAUAUUUAAAAUUAGAACAAGCCAACAUAUCCGCCAUUUAUGAAAAACUAAAAGAGUUCAAUUCAAAGAAUGAAGAUGGAAUUCAAAGAAUAGAACCUGAGAAACUAGAAUCUUUAGUAAAUCUAGUUACAGCUGAAAAUGAAAAACCCAUUGAUGAAGAGAUGAAUGUCUUGAAGGCUUUAUUGAAUUGGCCUGAUAACGUAGUUUUUCCUGUUCUCGAUAUAGCUCGUUUAGCCGUAUUACGAGCAGGCGUAAACGAACAGUUUUGUUCAAAUGGGAUUUUAGAUGUGCUGAAACGCCAUGUACAAAAUGACGCUGUAACAUCGAACCAAAUGCUCACUUUUCGUUUAUUGGCAAAUCUUUUUAGUCACGAAACAGGUGAACAAUUUUGCAUUCGAUCGAAAAACGAGGUACUUACGGCGGUACGUGAUCUUAACACACUUGGAAAUAAAAGCAAUGAGAUCGCUAUAUCUACGUAUAUUCUAAAUUUAGUUAUUGCUCUUAACAAAACGAACGACACCUUUGGGAAGAUGCAGGUUCUUGGAGUUAUUUUUAGACUCCUUGAAAUUUUAAAGGACACCGAAGCCUUAUUUAGGGUCUUUGUCGCACUUGGAUCUUUGAUACUGGAUGCUUCAAGUGCAACUGAACGCAAAGGCUUUGUUAAGUCUGUAAAACAGUCUAGACCAGUUUUAAAAGCCUUAAGAAUACUAUUAGAUGGAGUCGAUUCUUCAAAUGUUCCUAACAAACUUCUCAGCUUAACAAGGCAGAUCCUUGAAUUGAUUAAAACAUAAAACGUUAAUGCUUUGCUUGCUACGAUUGCUAAAAAGUUUUUAUAUUUAUUUAUUGUUCGUUAUUCGCUCUUUUGAAGUGCCUAGAUUGUAGUAUUAAGAUUUUAAGAUUUUUCUAUAAACUAUUUUCUAUAAAAAAAGAAGUUUUUACAUCAUAGUACAAAUAAAACAAAACAUACGAAGAGUUAAUCGACUGAUUUGACUAUUUAACUGAAAUAAAUACUCAAUAUUUUGCCGAAAUAAAGUUUCUAGUUUUUUGCAAUGUCACUUGCACAUAAACUGCGACCAGUAUUUCAAUUCGAUUUUCACACCAAAUAUGGCAUUUUAUAUAGGCAAACCUUUAGUUAUGUAUAUCAUAAUAUCAUGAAGGUAAACAGUCAUAAUUUUAAUCGUUCUACUUAACAGUUAUACUAUGUUUUAUUUAGAUAAGUUAACAUUUGAAAAAUAUUUGCCAAAAUUAUAACGACUUUUAACAUUCAAAUGUAAUUAUUAUCCAAAGAGAUGAUCAUCCUUGCUUUACACAGAUUUUUGCGUAGUCAGCAGUAUCGUUCCAAAUGACCAUGCGCUCUUUAAAAUCUUAAAUAUUGAUAUAAAAUUUUUCACUAAUGGUUUUAUCAUAUUAUAUUUAACGUAUUUUUAAUUUUCUAAUAAAAUAUUACCGUGCCAAAAUUUUGUAUCGAUAAAAUCAUCAUGUUUCCGGCUGUCAAGUGAACGGGUUUUAGGGUACGCUGCAUGAUCAUGAGUACGAAAAUUCGAGUUCUUGAAGAUAUUCUGUGCCAAUCGAUAUCGUAUCUAAACAUGCAAUCUAUAUUUCAGAAGUCUAUUUACUUUCGAAGUCGAAUCAAAAAUUUAUAUCGAUGCACUUACGCCGUUUUCUGAAUAUCGUCGCACGAUUGUAUGACUUGUUCUCCAGACCAAUUCAUGAAAAAUAAAUAUAUUACAAAUACAGACAGUACGAGCAUAAAUCGUAUCAUUUCGGUGAUCUCUCCUUCGUGAUAUUUUAACUAGAAAAAAAUAAACCAUAAUUUAAUUAGUAACGUGAAUCCAGGAAUAUCAUUACCAAACAAUCUAUUAUAUUUAUUACUUCGCAUAUGAGAAUGGCAAGAAGACUUAAACCAAAUAUUUGAAUAAUGAAGAAUCCAGUACUGAAAACUUGCUCUAUUAUCUGUAUACCCCUGCAACAGGAAUAAAAAUCGUCAAAUAUAGAUUCAAAAUUACAUUGAAAGCUGAAAAUUCUUUAUCUUUUUGACCUUAGGGCAUUUUUAUGCAUAUCAAUAGCUUCAAUCAAAUUAUGAAUGAUCGACGUCUCAUCUGUUAGCUCUCCCAACGGAUCAUAGUUUCCAUAACGUACUGUUGCAUUCUCUAAUCGUAGCCUGUAGAACGAAAAGUUUUUAACGACUAAUGUUUGUCCUAUUUCGAAACUUAUAUAUUUGUAAUAAUAAAAUCUAUCGAAUUACCGUGCGAUUUCAUACAAAGCGCAAACAUGUUUGACGCUGCAUAUAUACGUAGCACCGACCGACAAAAAUGACAAGCCCACGUAUCCUAAAGCAACGCUAUAAUGCAAGGAGACUUGCAAAUUGCACAAGUUUUUAUCGAUUACCAUGGAUUCCAAGUAAUAAGGAAAGCUAUGCAGACACAGUUUUGUGGAUUCUUCGCUGAACAUUCGUGGAAGAAAUGUUAUGCAAGCAAAUAACGAGAAAGCGGGAAAAGAAUAGACUGAAAAUAUAGUAAGGAUUCAUAGGGUAUUUAUGUAAUUUAGAAAAAAAAAAUGAAAAAUCACCCAGAGUAAUAAAGAUCAAUUUUCGUCCUUCCAAUAGAAAAGUACGCAAUACGUCACGUUCCAAAUCGUCGGUCAAAUUUUCCCAAUCAGCAGCGAUUCUUUCGUAUAAUCGUUUUAUCUAAACACAGCAUUUUUAUAAUAUAAAUUAACAGUAUUAAAGUAA